UGAAAAAAAACGUUUCAAAUCAUCAAACCAAAAAAUGAUUGGAUCAAAAUUUUAUUUAGUAAUUUUUAAAUUAUUGUUUGUAAUCCUUACCAUAUUGAUAAGUGUUAAUGGUGAUGCUAUUUCAACAACACCAACAACGAUAACAACGGGUAAAAAAUGUCAACGUGCUGAUAAAUGUGCAUUGACAUUAAUACCAUUAACGGAUGAAAAUUUUAUUGAAAAACCACCAAGAACAUCAACGGAUAUGAGAGAAUGGUGUCAACGUAUUGUACCAAUGGAAAGAUGUUUGAAAGAUUUUGCUCAAAAAUGUCUGAAUAAACAAUCCAAACAAACAUUAUCAAUAUUAAUGUAUAGUAUAUCACGUACAAAUAGACGUAUUUGUACGAAUAAAAAAAGACAAAAAUCAUUUUUAAAUCUUAUUGAUUGUGCACAUGAACAAUUACCAUUAUUUUCGAAUGUUCUACGAAAUUUGACCAUAGAUUUUCAUGCUAUACCGUUGGUUGAACAACAAAAUUUACGUUUACCAUUAGCAUGUUGUUCAUAUUAUAAAUGGAAAAAUAUUGGUAUCAAUAAAUUGGUAAAAAUAUGUCCAACCAAUACUGGUGCACAUGAUGAAAUUGAAAAUCUUUUAUCUGGUUAUACAAAUGAUUUGUUAUCGGUUGCAUGUGGUGAAUAUACAGAAGAAUCGGAUAAAUGUGAUGGAAUUAUUGGGAAAAUACCUGAAUGGAAACGACCAUUACGUUGGCAAAAUUUUAUUCUACCAUUAAUUGAAUUAUAUGAAAGUAUUGAUGAUAAUGUAUUAGCACAACAAUCAUCAUCAUCAUCAUCAUCAACAUAAUCAACUUAAUCAUCGUCAUUUUCUUUCUUAUCAUUUUCCCAUAAUUUUUAAGAGAAUUUUCCAAUCAAAAAUGAAAGA